AGCAUGCCUCUCAGUUCAGGAGAGCUGGAAGACGAAGAGAAUGUGCCAGUGCUCUCUGAAUGGCUGACAGGCAAACAUCAGGCGACAGCAGGAAUGGCUGCAAAGCUUAUAGCACAAAUGAUUCUUUAGAAGAGGAGCAAGAAGACUCGAACCUGUGGCCCAGACAUGAAGCUCAAAAAUGGAUCCCUAUGCUCUUUGUGGGCACCUGUUUCCUCUACUGUGCCAGGAUGGUCAUGCCAAUCUGUGCAGUGUCAAUGGCCGCCACAUUUCACUGGAGUAAGAUUGAUUCUGGGCUGGUUCUAGGUGGAUUCUUCUGGGGUUACUGUUUUACACAGAUCCUGGGAGGACAUGCCAGUGACAAAGUGGGAGGAGAGCGUGUCCUCUUCAUCUCUGCAGCUUCAUGGAGUGUGAUCACAGCUGGUACCCCUCUUCUGGCCAAACUAGGCUCUCACACCCUCGCUCUCAUGAGUAUGGCCAGAUUCCUUAUGGGACUUUUGCAGGGUGUUUUCUUCCCGUCUUUGGCCAGUCUCUGCUCACAGCGAGUGGUGGAAGGAGAGAGAGGGUUUUUAAUGAGCAUCAUGAACAGUGGCGGCUAUACUGGAACAUUAUUAGCAGGUGGGAUGGGGUCCCUGAUGCUGGACUUGUACGGCUGGGAAAGCAUUUUCUACUGUAUUGGUUUCCUGUCUGGACUCUGGGCACUCAUAGUCUGGCUGUGUUUCUUAAAAGGUGACGUUGCCCUCAAGCAGAUGGAAUCCAGCGCUGACUCACAGUGGAGUUUUUCAAGAACACGCUGGCUGAGUCUUUUUAAGGAGCCACCCGUCUGGGCCAUGGUGUUUGCUCACAUGUGCAUUUGCAGCUCUGGCUACACGUUGUUGUCCUGGCUGCCGACAUACUUCAAAGAAUCAUUUCCUCAUGCCGAGGGAUGGGUGUAUAAUGUGAUCCCCUGGCUGGUUGCAAUUCCCUCAGCUCUCUGUGGAGGAUAUGUUUCAGAUUUUCUCAUCAACCAAGGAUAUGGUGUAGCGACUGUGAGAAAGCUGAUGCAGUUUUUUGCCAUGGGUGUAUCCAGUAUGUUAUUAAUGCCUCUCUCUGGAGCUGUGUCGUUUACCUCUGCUGUGAUUUUCGUCUCUGCUGCUGUGGGGCUAACCACCUUUACCAGCGGAGGGGUGUCUGUGAAUGUGCAGGAUCUCACUCCAUCGUGUGCUGGAGCGCUAUUCGGUUUUAUGAACAUGUUGGGUGCUUUUGGAGGGCUGCUGAUGGUCUCUGUGUCAGGUUACCUGAUCGAGGUCACGCAUUCGUGGGCCUGGGUGUUCUCCCUUAUCACUCUUGUGAACGCAACAGGCCUCGGGUUCUUCCUCAUCUUCGGAGAUGCUCGCCGUCUCGACCUUGAAGGUUACAGUCGGGUUGCUGUGAUUUAACUCAGACUUUUUGUUUGUAUUUUUGUUCCAAAUACCAUCCUGUGUUUGAUCUGAAAGACUUGACACCUCAUUUAAAUCUUGAUCCAUAGUCAGUCACUGUGUGCUGUGUCUUACAUGUUUUGGCUUUGUGUUUAAACUUGCUUCAGAAACAUUGAAUAGUGUAAAACAAAAUAAGACACAGCAUCAGAUUUAGGUGAAAACAUGUCUUUUGUUUUAUUAUUUAUAAGCACGUUAAAGCUCCUGUGAUGAACUUCCAGUUUGUGUUGUUUUGGCGCCCCCUUGUGGACAAAGUGGUACCUUUACUGAUAUUGUCCUUUACAUGUGGAAGCAGUCUUUUCUCAAAAAAUCUCAUCAGAAAUCUUUGCAGUGUAAAAUGUAAAAAUAGGCUGUUUUGGUGGCGUGCAGUUUAUCCACUUUGAGUGACACCCACCCCCACCAGUGGACUUAGACAUUACAUAUAAUCAUGUAGAUAGUCUAAAUCUAUCUAAAUAGUCUAUCUUAAUUAAUCCCCUCAUUUUGUAGGACAUGAGGAUGUGUCAGCCUUUCUGUCUGUUUCGUGACCAGCAAAUAAAAAUCCUCACAGGAGCUUUAAAAACAUUUUAAUUACAGCUAUCGAAGCAAAGUCUGUCAGAGUUGUGUCAGACAUUAAGGCUUCAUUCAUUUUAGAUUUGAGUCACUUUUGAAUGGUUAACAGUAAGACAAAACACAUUUAUGGAUUGAAAAACAAGGAAACAAAUGUUAACUACAUCCCCACAACUUGUCAGUCUACCUCUCAGGAUUUUACAACUUCCCUUUACUGACUAUGGUUCUUAUUUCCAUCCUUAUUAAAAUCUUAAUAUUAGACUUAUUAUUAGUCUAAACAAUAUCCUGAAGAAACUGGGCUGUUUUGUUUUUAAUCAAAAACGCUAUAUUGUGCAUUUGUUGGGUAGUAUUUUACCCUUGAUUUCAUGCUUCAUGGCUGCAGAUCAAUAUGUGAGUGAGUGAGUGAGUGAGUGAGUGAGUGAGUGAGUGAGUGAGUGAGUGACUGACUGACUGACUG